CAGAAGAGACGCCGAUGUCCACGUCCAGUUCGCUCUUUAGAUCAUGUUUUAAACUCGGAUCACUUGUAACCGCUGCGUUUUACGCACUUGUGGGAAUCUUACCGACGCCAAUGAGCGCAAACGCGAAUCCGCUUUUUAACUAAAAGAGGAUCUGAGCUGGAAACGCGAGAUUUGGAGAAACAUUCAGCAGGUCUAUCUGAUGAACCUCGAGAAUUCUGUCGGUUUCCACGGCGACGUGAGGCAACGGGACAUGGAGGCGAAGGUCAACAAGCUCACGUUCGGCUUCCAGCGGAGCUCCACGUCAGACGACGACUCGGGCUGUGCCCUGGAGGAAUACGCCUGGGUGCCACCGGGACUCCGACCAGAACAGGUUCAGCUUUAUUUCUCUUGUCUACCCGAGGACAGAGUGCCGUAUGUGAACAGCCCCGGAGAGAAGAAUCGUAUCAAACAGCUUCUGUACCAGCUGCCUCCACAUGACAAUGAGGUGCGGUACUGUCAGUCUCUCAGUGAAGAGGAGAGGAAUGAACUUCAAAUGUUCAGCCUGCAAAGAAAGAAAGAGGCUCUUGGACGAGGAACAUUGAAACUGCUGCCGAGGGCGAUGCUUCAUGCCACGUGUGAACACUGUGGGGAGAACCUCAGCGGCGGGGAGAUGGUGGUAUUCGCCUCCCGGGCAAGACCUGGCCAGGUUUGGCACCCAGCGUGCUUCACAUGCUCCACCUGCAAUGAACUCCUGGUGGAUCUUAUUUACUUCUACCAUGAUGGGAAGAUCCACUGUGGGCGACAUCAUGCAGAAUUGUUAAAGCCACGUUGUUCGGCCUGUGACGAGAUUAUUUUCGCUGACGAAUGCACAGAAGCAGAAGGUCGUCACUGGCACAUGAAGCACUUUGCUUGCUUUGAAUGCGAGACCAUUCUGGGUGGUCAGCGGUACAUCAUGAAAGACGGGCGACCGUACUGCUGCGGUUGCUUCGAGUCACUGUAUGCAGAAUACUGCGAGGCUUGCGGCGAACACAUUGGGGUGGAUCAUGCCCAAAUGACGUACGACGGCCUUCACUGGCACGCCACGGACGCUUGCUUCAGCUGUGCUCAGUGCAAGAGCUCCUUGCUCGGUUGUCCCUUUCUACCCAGGCAAGGCAGAAUCUACUGUUCCAAGGCCUGCAGCCUGGGUGAGGACGUCCAUGCCUCGGAUUCUUCGGACUCAGCUUUCCAGUCCGUGAGGUCUCGGGAAUCCCGCCGUAGCGUGAAGUUGGGAAAAAGCAGCCGCUCCGCAGACCAAUGUCGGCAGUCCCUACUCUUCUCGCCCGCAGCCAACUACAAGUUCCCAGGACUGUCCGGGAAUGCGGAUGACACCUUGUCCAACAAGUUCUCAAAGCUAGGCUUCACAGACAGCCACUUUUGGAGGAACAGGGAGGAGCAGGAAGCACCCGAAGACCACGAGGAAUGGGCCGAGCAUGAGGACUACAUGACUCAGCUGCUCCUCAAGUUUGGCGAACACGGAGUGUUCCAACAGCAAGAGGACAGCAGACCAGACCUGUGGAUGACUGACUCGGAGGUCAAAAACAAAACCCAACGGAGGGUUCCACUCAGCGGUGAGAGCGAGAGUCUGGCCAGUAAAAAGUACAAGGCAGACAUGUACUGGGCCCAGUCCCAGGAUGGACUGGGUGAUUCUGCGUAUGGCAGUCACCCUGGACCUGCUAGCAGCAGAAAACUUCAGGAGCUCGAUUUGGAUGGUGCCAGCUUAAAGGACGAAGACAAACUGUGGUAUGAUGACUCGCUGGAGUGCAUCACAUAUGAUCUUAAACAAGCGGAGCAGAACGUCCGGGCCUCCAUGGACUCCUUGGCACUUUCCAAUAUCACAGGUGUUUCAGUUGACAGGGACAUGAAAGAGAAACCGCUGCUCUACCCUUUUCCAAAGUUCUCCAGGUUUGACAACGAGAACUGCGAGAACGCGAGCAACAUGGGGACGUUGAACUCCUCGAUGCUUCACAGGAGCGCCACCUCCCUAAAGAGCCUUACCUCGGAGCUUGAGUGCGUGGAGAUCGUCGAGGAGGACGAACAAGAGCAGGUGGUUCCUCUUCCAGAGGAGAGGCCCAAACUUCACCUACCUGUUUUAAGAAGGAGCAAGUCCCAAUCCAAACCACAGCAGGUUACGUUUUCAGACGACGUUUUAGAUAACGGACGCUAUGACGACUUGGAGGUGCGACAGGCUCCCAUGAGCGAGCGCACUCGCAGACGAGCGUACCACUUUGACGAACAAGACCAGCAAGGGCAUCGCCAUCACCACCGGCGGAGAAGUCGGAAGUCCCGUUCGGACAAUGCACUUAACAUGGUGCCCAAAGAAAAGGCCCGUAAGUGCUUUAAGGAGGACCGUCGGCAGUGUGGCCCGGGUUCUAAUGCUCAGUAUGGACUGCACUCAUACGCACAAGCUGACGCUAACAACAGUUUGCACGGCCAGGCCAAAGAGAGAUUUCUUCAGUUGUAUGGUGAAGACGACGGUUGGUGUUCUACUUGCUCCUCUUCCUCGUCUGAAUCGGAGGAGGAAGGAUUUUUUCUGGGUCAGCCUAUUCCGCAACCAAGGCAACCUCGGUACCAGUAUUACGCUGAUGAACUUCCCUUUGGCACACGGACAAAGUCCAAACAGAAGAGAGGACGCAAGGGCAAAAACUGUAUCAUUUCCUAGAGUCCGUAUUGAUUAUGAAGCUCUCUGUAAACAAAUGCCAGGAACCUGCUUUGAUCUGUUGCUUUAAAUUGUAAUGCAACUCGGUCCACAUCGCACAUGGAGCGUAAACAAGACUGAACCCAUGCUUAACUCCAGCAGUAAUGCAUUAUCCGAGAUAAAGAAAAAACUGAAUGAAUACGAUAUUUAUGAAGCCGCCUUUAGAAACUAACGGAGAGAAUAAUUUAACGUUGCAAAUAUGAAUGUGUAUAUAUUGUAAAAUGUUGAGUUAAAGCGAAUAUUUUUAUAUCCCUGAGUUUCAAAAGAUUUUUGUAGAGAACGUUUCAGGAAAAAGAACCACGGAGCGAAGAUUCCACUUUUGUUAAUCAGGGUUUUAAAAAUAAAUACGUAACGUGUCACAGUC